CAGUCGUGUCUGUCAUCUAUUGUGUCAACACGUGAUCCACACGACUGUCAAAGAGUGGAAGAAUGGUAUCAAAUGGCGGACAAACGGUCGCCACGAAGAAGAAGAGGGCGAAGAGGAAGUCGCCGAAGGCGUCCACAAAGACAGCCAUCAAAGAGCCGCCCAUUAAUGUUGAGACCACGGAUCAGACGGAGACAACAGAGACAGGAGCUCAUAUGCGGUACUUGAGGUAUAUUAGUCUCAGCGAAGAUAAUGUGCAGCCGUUUGGCGCGGAAGAGGACCGGAAGGCCAUCAAACAGAGCCAUAGGAGUUGCAGGAAGUCAUCGGCGAGCGGUCACCGCAAGUCCGUCGCCGUCCCCGCCGUUGACCGCAAUGGAGACACAGAUAUAGCCGUCGAUAAGAAGAAGGCGUCCAAAGGGAGGCCCCGGAAGAAGAAGAAGUUGGCGUCGAUCCCAAAACCGACGCCAAAGGACACGUUAGACACUGACACACCACCGAUGCCAGUGUCUAAACUGCGGACAUUCGCACAGUUGGCCAAAGAGCUCAAAGUCUUUGAUAUGAAUGUCGAAACUGUUGAUCCAAUUGUCAAAACUAUUGAUCCAAUUGUCAAAACUGAUUAUAAUAUAUUGAAAACAGUGGCCGCAGAAGAAUGUGUCGCCACUGAAGACCCAAUUAUUGAGAACAUUGUUAGUGAUUGUGCGGACAUUUCUAGAGAUAAUGCACACAAUGUUAUAGACUGUGAAAACACUGUUAAAGAUAAUGACAUCGUUAGAGAUAAUGAAGACAUUGUAGACAAUGAAGACGUUUAUAAAGACUGUGAGGAAACAAUUAUAGACAAUGAAUACAUUUGUAAUGAUAAUGAAGACGUUGUCGAAGAUAUCGAAAGCAUUAUAAAAGAUACUGAAGAUAUUACUAUAAAUAAUGAAGAGACUGCGAAGAAUAGUGCGGAUCCAAUCGGUGAUAACGUUGACACUGUUAGUGAAAGUGUGGCCACUGUUUGUGAUACGGCAGUCACUGUUGAAGAGGACGUGAGCGCCAAUUGUGUGCGUCGGUCGAGACGUCUGAAGAAAGUGACGGAAUUGUAUUCCAGCGAAGAAGUGGACAAAAGUAAUCGUCGGCCGAACGCUAACACAAUGGCAGAACUGAUUGUUAGCGUUUCGGCCACCGAUGCCGACGAGCCGUCAAAGACUAGAUCCAAGGCAUCGAAACCGAAGGCACAAAAAGAGAGCCCGAAGUCGAAGACAGAGAAACCGUCGAAAGUGGCGAAGACAUCGAAACCAAAGAUCGAGAAGAAGACAAAGAGUAAACGGCGCGGAAGUAUUGGCGGCAAGAAUAUCGGCAAACUGUUGGCCGACUACAGGCGCCGCAUACCUGAGCACCAAAAGCGGCUCAAAUACGUGGAAAUGGAUCCCAAUAUCGAUAUACUGUACAAAAAGAUCGGUUUGGUGUCCACACGUCUGUCGGCGAUACCCGAAGCGCAGGACGAAUGCUAUAAAUGA